AACGCGGCGGAAGCGAGGAGAGACGCGAUCUCCGUCGGCGAAGUUAGCUGCUGUCUUCGCUGCUAACGUGCUGGGAUGAGCCGCUGACAUGGUGAAAUGCUGCUCGGCCAUCGGAUGCGCCUCCCGCUGUUUGCCCAAUUCCAAGCUGAGAGGGCUAACGUUUCACGUAUUCCCCACAGAUGAAAAUGUCAAAAGAAAAUGGGUAUUAGCAAUGAAAAGACUUGAUGUGAAUGCAGCAGACAUGUGGGAGCCUAAAAAAGGAGAUGUGUUGUGUUCCAGGCACUUUAAGAAGACAGAUUUUGACAGAAGUGCUCCAAAUAUUAAACUGAAACCUGGAGUCGUUCCUUCUAUCUUUGAUUCCCCAUAUCACUUACAGGGGAAAAGAGAAAAACUUCAUUGUAGAAAAAACUUCACUCUCAAAACCCUUCCAGUCACAAACCACAGUCACCAGCUUGUUGGUGCUUCCUCAUGUAUUGAAGAAUUCCAAUCUCAGUUCAUUUUUGAACAUAGCUACAGUGUAAUGGACAGUCCAAAGAAACUUAAGCAUAAAUUAGAUCACGUGAUCAGCGAGCUAGAGGAUACCAAGGAAAGCCUACGGAAUGUUUUAGACCGAGAAAAACGUUUUCAAAAAUCAUUGAGGAAGACAAUCAGGGAAUUAAAGGAUGAAUGUCUCAUCAGCCAAGAAACAGCUAAUAGACUGGAUGCUUUCUGUUGGGAGUGUUGUCAGGAGAGCAUAGAACGAGACUAUAUUUCAUGAAAUAAUGUCAAGUUAUGUUCUACUUAAAAUUGAUGUUGGUACAGCUUUUUUAGAAAAUAAUUCUCAUUUACCAUUGCCAAAUAAUAUGUCAUUUAAAGUGCUUCUUUGGAUUCUCUGGAGCAUUAUACAUUAUAGUUAGUUACCCAAAGACUGUUUUUUGAAGUUGUGCAGAAAUUUGUGAUAGUUAUCAUGUUUUUGUGUGACUUGUGACAGUUGUUUUUAUAGACCUAUAUUGGUGCCAAGUCACUAUUGUAAUAUGUUAAAAUUGCCAGAAAAUUCCACAGGACUAAGGAAGUAGUAUCAAAUUAGCCACACUAAGCUAUAGUAGAGAGAACUGACUCCUGCUUCUGCAGCAUCAGAUUUUUGGUUUCAAAGGAGUACCUUUACUUACAAGCUUUAUGGUAAGUACAUUGAGUUUUACUUUAAAUAUAUUUUACUACAAAGCAGAAUCAUUUAUAACACAUAUCCAUCUUGGAUUCAAUCCAAGGUACUUAAGUUAUCAAUAAUACUGAAGGAUCCUUGUCCAAGGCUUCAUGUGGUACUGAGGGACUGACCCUGAGAAUAACACGUGGUGAAGAUCCGUUGGUUCGUAAAGCUCUUGGGAGCCAGUUUAAGAAGAUACUCAUGAAGUCUCAGUUUUCAAUACAGUACAUCAUUUCUCCUCACUAGGAACACUUUGAUGUAAACCCAAAUAGCUUUAAAAACAAAACCAAAAAAGGGCCGUAAAUAUGAUGGUUAGUUUGCUUUCACACGUCUAAACACUGAUUUCAUUGAAAAAUCUAUAUGCCAGUACUAGCUGAAUACGUUUAAUGCUGCUCUGUAUGUUAUAGAAAGUAAUAUUGCUGGCAUCUUAAAAAAUACAAAGUAUAAAGGAAGCCAUUAAAAAUUAAUAAAUUUGGCUCUUUCCGUUAAAAUAGAAUUGGAGAAAAGGUUAGAAUAGUCUCCUUUAAUUAGGAGAGUAGAUUAUUGUCUAAGGGCUUUUAUUUAGAGAAACAGGUCAUUAAACAGCAGUUUUAGAAUAGCUUCUUACCAAAUGUACAAAAGAAUAACACUUAGCUAUUUCCUGACUGAUCCAAGUGUCAGAAAUUUAACUUUUCUCCUAAUUUCUUACUAUAAACAACUGAAAUGAAAAGUCAAACUGUUGUGGGUUAGAAUUAAAACCAUUUGCAAAAACCACACUCUACUAAGAAGCACAUGUAUAUUUAUGAACCUCAUUCAGAAGUCCAUGCUAUAGUGGUUAAAAUUUGAGUAUCAAAUGUUUCGUUGUAUUAACAAAAAAUUAAUUGAAUUUUGUGCUAAUUUGUUCAUUGUAAUUUUAUUUGUGUUACAUUAGUAUCAGUAAGGAUAUGGUCACUUGAAUUUUUUGUAUUUAAGAAUUUUAUGUUUGCAUGCUUGUUAUGUUUUUAUGUAGGAUACCAAACCUUCCCUCUAAAUGGAAUUUUACCCAUAUUUGAGAGAUUAACAUUUUACUAAGAGGAAAUCACUGAGGUCAUGUUUUUACUACCUUAAAUACAAAACAAAAAACAAAAAAUUUUUCAUUAGCAAUGCAUUAUUUAUUUUAGUUAUUUAAUUUAUAAUGGACACCCUAAUAGAAAGUUUGGGUAUGAUCUUAGGUUUUAUGGAGAUACUUUGAUAGAGACUUUUUCCCUCACUCUAUUUAUAAGUAUAUACAUUAAAGUCAACGGGCAAUAGAGAGCAAUAAGAGGAAGAUAAACCCAAACACAGCAUGUCUAAAUUCCAGCAAUCUGCUGGCUGCAUAGAAUACAUCAAGCCUAGAAGCCCUUUCCAAGGGCAAAAUCCCAGCUUCUGCCACAGUCACAUUUCCUACUUGUGUUCAUAGUAAACUCAGGCCUUCUUUCUUAUUGGAUCUAGUAUCAUUGAGAAAUAGGUAACUGUGGGCAAAAUAUUGGUGUCAUUAAGGAACCGGAGCUGCCCAUUUGUUCUUUAUUCUUAUGAAGAAAUGGAUACUACUAGAAAUUUAGCAUUAAAAUUAGGGUUCUCCCCACCUGCUUCCCCAAACAAAUGCCUGCACACAGCAUAUAUCUUGGUCCUCUGUUCCCAGAGGUCCCAGCCUAGCCCAGGAAAGAACUGACCUGUCUAAAGCAAAACCCAAGUUCUCGUCAUCAAGAAGUUCCUCAGGCAACCAAAGUGUCCACUUUACUUUAAAUCUCAGAGUGGCCUCUGGAUCCUGAACCCAUCAUUCCACCAGUUCAACCUCAGCACCAGGCCGGGUACAAAGAACUUGAUGUGUGAAAUUUUUCUCCAUAUCAAGUUUAAAUUUCUGGAAAUAGACUUUAGUUGCUAAAGGUAUUUUUGGUCUUUAAUUUGAGAAGAAGUGAAAUGUAUUAAACAUAUUUAGUUUUAAUUAAAGGAUAAAAUUAUUACAGAAAUAACUGGAGUGAAAAAUCCAUCCAUUAUUUAUUUGAAAAAUAAAAUAUUUUCUCCAGUAA